AUGGAUGAGGCUGGAUCUCUUGUGAAUCAAAUUAUGUAUAGAGGCAUUAUUGGGUCUCUUCUCUAUCUCACUGCCAGUAGACCUGAUAUUAUCAUCAGUGUGUGGCUAUGUGCAAGGUUUCAGUCAAAUCCCAAGGAAUCUCAUCUGAAGGUUGCCAAAAGUAUUUUGAGAUAUCUUAAGAAAACACAGGACCUGGUCCUGUAUUACCCCUCAAGUGACAAUUUUAAUCUUAUUGGAUAUGCUAAUGCUGAUUAUGCAGGUUAUCUUAUGGACAGGAAAAGUACUUCUGAAAUGGCUCACUUUCUAGGAUCAUAUCUCAUCUCUUGGGGCACAAGAAAGCAAAACUCAGUAGCUCUUUCAGCAGCUAAAGCAGAAUAUGUAGAUGUAGCCUUCUAUUGUGCUCAGCUCCUAUGGAUCAAACAACAAUUGGAGGAUUUUGGGGUAAACACGCAUGAUGAUUAUAGAAGUUGUAGAUGCAUUGCAUGGGUAAUGGAAGAGGAUUGA